AGUUAUUUUGACAGGUUCAUCAUGGGGAACUGGAAGAGUUGGCCUAUCUGGUUCCUGCUGUUUGCCUACAUAUUUUUUGUCAGCACACUUAUCCUGAACUUUAUCCAGCUUUUGACACUUGUGAUAUGGCCGUUUGACAAAACCCUCUUCAGAAAAAUCAACUACUAUCUGGCAUAUGCCUCAUGGUGUCAGUUUACAAGUGUUGGGCAAUGGUGGGCAGGUUGUGAAUGUGUGUUACACAUGGACCCAGAGGAGAGAAAAUAUCUAGGUCGCGAGCACAUCAUGGUCAUCAUGAACCACAAAUACGAGAUAGACUGGCUGAUGGCCUGGAUUCUAUCAGAAAGAUUGAGAAUGCUCGGGACCACAAAGAUCUACGGAAAGAAGGUCCUCCAGUUCAUUCCUCUGAUUGGCUGGGCCUGGUGGUUCACGGAGUCACUGUUCCUAAAGAGAGACUGGACGAAGGAUAAAAAGAUAAUCCAGGAUGGAGUCCGGACAGCCAUGGAAUAUCCAGACGACUACUGGGUCACUCUGCUGCUCUUCCCAGAGGGAACAAGGUUAACUCCCCAGAAACUGGAAAACAGCCAAAUUGUUGCCAAGGAAAAGGGAUACCCAAUAAUGAAACACCAUCUUCUACCAAGGCCAAAGGGUUUUGCUUACUCUAUACAGGAGCUGAAAGGAAAAUUGAAUGCAGUGUACGAUGCUACAGUGGUGUUUGAUGAGGGGUAUCCCUCUCUAAUGGACGUGUUAGAAGGGAAGAAGAUAAUGAGCAGAAUCCGAGCCAGGCGGCAUGUGGUUAAGGAUCUACCAGACUCAGAGGAAGAACUCUCUGAUUGGCUGAGGAAUCUAUUUAAAGAAAAGGAUGAAGUAGUAGAAAAGUUUUAUCAAACCAAAGAGCUGGAUCGACCAGGAUUCUUAAUACCAAAACGUUAUACUGACCUAGUCGUUCAUAUAUUCUGGAUCAUUGUGACACUUGUGCCAUUAUUUUUUUACCUAGUCAAUGUACUCUUUUAUGGAAGUCUUCUUCAUAAAGUUACUGUAGUCCUAGUAUUUGUUUCAGUAAAUUUACUGGCUAAGUUCAUGAUUGGAUUUACUCAGCUGGAGAAGGGGUCAUCAUAUGGAAAACAGAUAACCAAACGGAAUAAAGAUUCCGAGAAAGAUACUUCAUAUGAUAAAGACACUGCCAAGGAGAAAAAAGCUUCAUAAUAUUCACUCAUAUACUAGUUAAUUACUCAUUAAUUUUAAAAUGUUCAAUCAUUUUUUAUGACUAUUUAUUUAUUAGGUGAAAUAUCCAAAAUUUCUUAAUAAUGACCUUUUUUUAACCAAGUGUAUGUUUGUAACUGGUUUUAUUUUAAUAUCAUUUCAUUCUUGGUUGUCCUACCAAAGUAAAAUAUUUACAAGCAAAACACCAGUGUAUAUACAUGUCAUAUAUUUAUUUCAUUGUGUGUUGCAGUGUACAUGUAGCAUUUUUCCCCUUCAACCAUCUUUAAUUAAUAUAAAAAUGUUUGCUUCCCCUCUCGGACUUAGGGAAAAAUUAUUGGGUAGGUAGGUAGGUGAGGAAAUUUAAUUCAUUCCAGAAAAUGUCAACAUAGAAGAGGAAAAAAAUAAAGAAAAUCAUGUCCAAGAAUGUAAAAAAAAGUUUGGAGUCAGGUCAUUUAAUCAGUCACUAAGACAACUGGGAGAGGGGAAUCAAACAUUUUUUGAAAAUGGAUUUAUCAUGUAUUUUAGUACCCCCCCCCCC